CCUAUGAGAGAUGGAGAUUGGAGACACAAACUCUACCAAAUGUUCUAUUAGCCGAUUGUCUUUAAAGCAAGUCUUAGGUUAUGUCCCAAACAAUGUGGUGAUUCAAAUUUUGAAAAAGCACCACUUCAUAAAAGUUUUCUUUUCGGCCCGCCGUUCUCUCUCCUUCUCUCUCUCCGGACGGAAAAGACCAAACCCUCACUCGCUCUUUAUAUACCAGUGUCCGCUCUACAGUACAUACGAAGGAUCUAAAUCGUUUCUGAAACUCAGGUCUAGGGUUUUCUCUUCUUGCUACUAGUUGUAACCAUGUCGCUGAGACCUAGUGCCAGAACGGAGGUUCGCCGGAACCGAUACAAGGUUGCGGUUGAUGCCGAGGAAGGCCGCCGGAGGAGAGAAGACAAUAUGGUUGAGAUCCGUAAGAAUCGGAGAGAAGAAAGCUUGCAGAAGAAGAGACGCGAAGCACUCACUGGUAGCCAGUUCGCCAUGCCCGUUCAGUCCGCUUCCGCCGCCGAAAAGAAGUUGGAAAAUCUUCCUGCCAUGGUUGCCGGAGUUUUCUCUGACGAUAACAAUAUGCAGCUUGAGGCCACUACUCAAUUUCGUAAACUUUUAUCAAUAGAACGCAGCCCUCCAAUUGAAGAAGUUAUUCAAUCUGGUGUUGUUCCUCGCUUUGUUGAGUUUCUUGUAAGGGAGGAUUUCCCACAACUUCAGUUUGAGGCUGCUUGGGCUUUGACUAAUAUUGCUUCCGGGACAUCUGAACACACAAAAGUGGUGAUUGAUCAUGGAGCUGUUCCAAUAUUUGUGAAGCUUCUUGCAUCUCCAAGUGAUGAUGUUAGAGAACAGGCUGUAUGGGCUUUAGGGAAUGUUGCUGGUGAUUCCCCUAAAUGUCGUGACCUUGUACUUGCACAAGGUGCUUUGAUUCCUCUACUAUCCCAAUUAAAUGAGCAUGCUAAGUUAUCCAUGUUGCGAAAUGCCACAUGGACACUUUCAAAUUUUUGCAGAGGCAAACCCCAGCCUUCUUUCAGUCAGACAAAACCUGCACUUCCAGCUUUACAGCAACUUAUUCAUUCAAACGAUGAAGAAGUUUUGACAGAUGCUUGUUGGGCUCUUUCAUAUCUUUCAGAUGGCACAAAUGAUAAAAUCCAAGCUGUUAUUGAAGCAAAUGUAUGUCCAAGAUUGGUUGAGCUACUGAAUCACCCUUCUCCAUCUGUCCUUAUCCCUGCUCUUCGUACUGUUGGUAACAUUGUUACAGGAGAUGAUAUGCAAACUCAGUAUAUAAUCAAUCAUCAAGCUUUGCCUUCUCUUCUCAACUUGUUGACCAACAACCACAAAAAAAGUAUCAAGAAAGAAGCUUGUUGGACUAUUUCAAACAUCACUGCUGGCAACAAGGAGCAGAUUCAGACAGUGAUUGAAGCAAAUAUCAUUGGCCCUCUUAUUCAUCUGCUUCAAAAUGCAGAAUUUGACAUCAAGAAGGAAGCUGCAUGGGCCAUUUCAAAUGCUACUUCUGGUGGAAGCCAUGACCAAAUCAAGUAUUUGGUAAGUGAGGGAUGUAUUAAACCAUUGUGUGAUUUACUGAUAUGCCCUGAUCCAAGAAUAGUGACAGUUUGUUUAGAGGGGCUUGAGAAUAUAUUGAAGGUUGGUGAAGCAGAAAAGAAUUUGGGAAGAUCGGGAGAUGUGAAUCUUUAUGCACAGAUGAUUGAUGAUGCGGAAGGGUUGGAGAAGAUUGAGAAUUUACAGAGUCAUGAUAACAAUGAGAUUUAUGAGAAAGCACUGCUCCUUCUGCUGCUGCUGGUGGUUUCCAUUUUGGAGGUGGUGAUGUUUCCGUUCCUUCUGGUGGAUUCAACUUUAAUUGAGGUCUGUUUUGAAGAUGGUGGUGGCUACAAGUCUGUUUUGUUUGCAGCCGUUUGGUUCAUCGUUUCUACUGCAGAGGAUCGCAGAGGUGUUCCACAGACUUUAAAGACUUUUGCUUUAAAAAAACAAACAACAUCUUAA